AUGCCGCACGUGGAGGACGAGUUCUGCGCCAAGUGGCAGCUGGACCGUCCGGCGCGGCUCCUGUUGCGGGAGCUGCCUCCGGAGCUCCGGGAGCAGGCCAUGCUGAAGUUCAACCCCUACGGGGAGGUGAAGCACGCGGACUACUCCAAGGUCUUCGCUGCUUGGACCCGGCGCUUUCGCAACAUGGCCAAGGAAAACGCGGGGGAGGCUGAAGCUGAGGCUCGCGAGAACGGCAGGGUACCUGGCACGGAGAAGCUGCGUCGCCGGGAGGCCCGGGAGGUGCAGUACCUCCUGGAGGGUCUCUCACCUUUUGCGCGGGACAUUUGCAGGGCGAUGGUUUGGUGCCUAGAUCACGCGGACUGCGCAGUGGAGGUGUCCCAGCGCCUGCUAGACUCGCUCACGGAGAAGCGCCUAGAUGCCCAAAGCAGGUCUUGGCGCCUUUGUUUGAUCUCUGACAUCCUCCACAAUACCGCCACCAUCUACAAGCCCAGCGCCAACGUCUACAAGCGCGAGUUUGAGACAUAUCUGCCAGUGGCUUUCGAGCAGUUCCACCACUUGUACAAAGGCGCCGAGGUGUCCUUGGUGCAGGAGGUGCUGCGCUCCUGGCUGGACCGCGCCAUCUUCACCCCGAAAUUUCUCAAAGGGUUGGAGGCUUCCAUGAAGGGCAUUGUCUCGGCCGAGGACUUCCUUCCAGGGAGAGGUGCGCAGCUGUCCGACUCCUUGUUGGCGAAGCUGGCAGAGUGGCAGUCACAGCACUUCAGCCAGCUGGAGAAGAUUUGCAAGUACCAGGGCCUGAACUGGGACGUGCAGCUAUCUGACAAGGCCAAGGCCAUGGGUGGCCGCUUCCCAGAGGAGCUCCGGAAGAAGUGGCUCUUGGAUCGCCUUCUCACCUACGAGCUUUACGCCUUGGAGACAAAGCCGCUGCCCGAGCUGAAAAAGGAGAUCACCCAGGCCCAGAUCUUCAACCCAGAGCUGGACGGCGAGUCUUUAGACAGCGAUGACGAGGCGUACAUGAGGGAGGUGGGUGCUGCUUAG